ACCUUAAUACUCGCCCUGCAUGAUUUGACGUUUCGAAUAGUUGCCUGCAACUUUUAAACGCGACCAUUAACAUUAUUUGCAAAUAUGGCGCGCGGUAGUAGCGCUGGUUUUGAUAGACAUAUUACAAUAUUUUCACCGGAAGGGCGGCUUUACCAAGUAGAAUAUGCGUUUAAAGCGAUAAAUCAAGGCGGUUUGACAUCUGUCGCUGUAAAAGGAGUGGACACAGCUGUUUUUGCUACACAAAAGAAAGUGCCUGAUAAGCUACUUGAUGCUUCCAGUGUUACUCAUAUUUUUCAACUCACUGAGCAUAUUGGUUGCCUUGUGACAGGCAUGAUAGCUGAUAGCAGAUCUCAAGUUCAACGUGCAAGAUAUGAAGCAGCUCAUUUUAAAUACAAGUAUGAAUAUGAAAUUCCUGUGGAUGCAUUAUGCAGACGUAUUGCAGAUAUCAGUCAAGUAUAUACACAAAAUGCAGAAAUGCGACCUCUUGGAUGUUCUAUGAUGCUUAUUUCAUACGAUAAAGAAAAAGGACCUUGUGUUUAUAAGGCUGAUCCUGCAGGAUAUUAUUGUGGUUACAGAGCAAUCUCUGUUGGUGCUAAACAAACUGAAGCUAAUUCUUAUCUGGAAAAAAAGUUAAAGAAGAAACAAAACUAUGAUCAUGAUGAAACAAUACAGUUAGCAAUUACUUGUUUAUCUACUGUUUUAUCAGUAGAUUUUAAGCCAACGGAGAUAGAAGUUGGGGUAGUAUCAAAGGACAAUCCCAAAUUUCGAACUUUAACAGAACAAGAAAUUGAUAAGCAUCUUACUGCAAUUGCUGAAAAAGAUUAAUGAUUUUAUGUAUAAUUCAUUACAAAUAAAUGUCAUGUUUAACACUUAACAUUGUUUCAUUUUUAUACUUAAAAUAUAAGAGAAAGUAUAUUAUAUUAAAUUCAAGAUAUAAUUGUUAACACGAAUAAAUUAUACACAUUUAUAGUUUAAAUUAAAAAAUUUAUUUCAAA